UUGUCUUGUCAACGUGUCCCGUCCGUAGUGUUCUGCGACGACUGGUUGUUCAAAUAAUUUAUUCGUAAAAUGUUAAACUUGUACCGAAGAUAAAAGUAAAAGUUUAUUAUAAGGAUUUAUGUUACAAGAUAAAUAAUAAAAAUAAACUAAAAACAUGGUUUUAUUAGGAAACGAUGAGUUUCUUUCAGAACUAACAAAAUUGUUUCAAAAAGCACGUGUGUCUGGAUCAAUUACAAUGACAAUGAAAAGAUAUGACGGCAGGACCAAACCAGAACCACGGGAUGGAAAGCCAGUUGUUCAGAAUCCAGAAUACAAAUGCUUGAUAAGGGCACAAUCAAGAAGUAAAAAGAUAUCAACGGUUAUAGAACAACGGGAUGUGGAGAAGUUCAGUACUGCAUAUUCUAAUUUAUUGAAAACAAGCGUUAAUGGGUUAAAACGGUUGAAGAAACCCAAGAAAAAGGCCAUGGCCACUCAGUAAUCAGGCCCCGAGGCUGAGACAAUGUGUCAAGACUGAAAAUUAAGUGCGCAAUAUAGUGUUAUGAACAAAAUGUGAACUUUGCUAUUUAACAUACCACCGUGAUAUCCUAGCUUGUAGGAUGAGGUCCAUUGAAGUGUGCUUUUCUCUCACUGUGAGGUUUGAAGAGUUGGAGUCUUGCCUGCCGUUGCUAGUGAUGCAAGCGCAGCUGAGUCAUUGACCAUCUGUCCAAUGCACCUUAUUUUUAUAUCAUGAAUAUUUUAUGUUACAUUCUCCAAAUAAAGGUUUAUCAGCAGUC